AUGUUGCUGCUGGGCCGGCCGAGCUGCCGUGUUUGCUGUGCUGCUGUGCUCCCCGACCCGUCCUGUCUGGUGAGAUCGCCGGCUGCAGUCAUGGCUACCCCUAGUGUCCUAGCUUUUGACGCUGAGGGUUGUGCCAUUGACUUUGAGGUCUGGGUCGACGACCUGCAGCUGUUCUUACAGUGCGAUAGGGCAGACGGUCUUUCUCUCUUUGACCUCACCUCUGGCGCCAUCUCUGCCCCUGCUGCUGAUGCUGACGCCACUGUUCGCUCACAGUGGGCCACGCGCGAUGCUGCUGCACGUCUUGCUGUGCGUCGCCACCUGCCUACCGCUGAGCGCGCGCACUUUAGCCAGUACAAGAGUGCCCAGACCUUGUACGACGCUGUAGUUGCGCGCUACUCCUCCCCUGCCACUGCUGCACUGAGCCGCCUCAUGCUCCCCUUCCUCUUCCCUGACCUUGCCGCCUUUCCCACUGUCGCUGAUCUCAUUACGCACCUCCGCACUAGUGACACUCGCUACCGCGCUGCGCUUCAUGCUGACUUCUGCGCCAAGAACCCCCCCCCCAUGUACAUCACUCUCUACUUUUUAGUCACUCGCCUCCCUGACUCCCUUCGUGUAGUCCGGGACCACUUCCUCGCGGUCUGUCCCACCACCCUCACAGUCGACAGCCUCGAGAAGGCCCUCCUAGCGGCGGAGAAGAGCAUAGUCGCUGUAGGAGCCUCUCGAGGUGACCCCCGCGCCCCCAUCUUUGAGGGGUGUUCUCCUUCCCCUCUCCUGCCCUCUGUCGCCUCUGCCGCUGCGGCCGACCUCGUUGGUCUUGAGUCGGUCGGUGCGGCGUCUGCCCCUAGCGGGAGACGCCGCUCUGGCAAGGGCAAGGGGGGCAAGGGAGCGCGUGGGGCCAGAGGGGGCGGUGGAGGUGGAGGUGGAGGCGGCGGAGGGAGUGGGGGUGGCGGUGGAGGUGAUGGCGGGGGUGGGGGUGCAAGUAGCGGCAGUGGAGGCGGGGGUGGCGGCGGCGGUGGCGGUGGGAGCGGAGGUGGCGGAGGCGGCGGCGGUGGAGGCGGAGGCGGGGGCGGUGGAGGCGGAGGCGGGGGUGGCGGUGGUGGAGGUGGUCGGAGUGGCGCUUCGCAGCGGAGCAGCACUGGGGGUGGUCAGCGCCAGCAGCAGCAGCAGCAGCAGCGUUCUCGCGACGUCCCCACCCCUCAGCAGCUCCGUGAGUGGUACACGCAGCGUCAGCGUGGUGGGGGUUUUGGUCCCUGCACCUACGUUCUUCGCACUGGCGACCGCGCUGGAGAGCAGUGUGGGGGUACCCACACCGCCCAGCGCUGCUUUGGCCGCCUGACGGACGCUUGGCGCCAGCAGUUCCCGGAGGCCGCGGAGAUCCCCCGCUGGGGAGAGCUGUCUAGGGCUGGUGUAGCUAUCUUUGAUCUUGACUUUGAUGCUAUCCUUGCUGCCAUGUAUGCUGUGACCAUUAGUGAUGAGGGUGACUGUUACCGGUGUUUCCCGCCCGACCCGGGCAUUGGUACCGCUGCUCUAGGUGCCAGCGAGGCUUCUGCUCUAGGUGUCAGUGCGUCUGUGCUCUCAGGUACUAGUGAGGCUACUCUCUCAGGUCCUAGUGAGUCUGCGCUCUCAGGUACUGCGUCGGCUUCGGCCUCCCACACCUUCACCCUUGACUCUGGAGCGUCUCGCUCCUUCUUUUGGGACCACACCACACUCACGCCGCUUAGUCGGCCGGUUGCGGUGUCCCUGGCUGACCCCUCUAAGGGUCCUGUUCUGUCUCGCUUCUCCACAGUCCUCCCGUGUCCAGCGGCUCCCUCUGGCACCCUGUCUGGUCUCUACCUCCCCUCGUUCUCUACGAACUUGGUGAGUGGUGCUGACCUACAGGAUGCGGGAGUCCACCAGUUCACCCCUGCUCGUCAGCGAGUGACGCACUGCACAGAGGCUAGCACAGGUCGUCACCUGGCUACGUUUACACGUCAGCCAGGGUCGGGCCUGUACACACUGACCACUGCUUCUCCUCCAGUUCCUGAGUCUGGUAGGGUCCCUUCGUCAGGUCAGGUGUUUGCUGCAGCGUCCAGGUCUGGUCCUGAGUCUGCCCCCUGUUCGUGUCGUCGCAUGUCUCACGAGACUCUCCUCUGGCACCACCGCCUGGGUCACCCCUCUCUGCUUCGGCUCAGAGGCAUGGCCUCCCGUCUUCUUGUGUCUGGUCUUCCCCGGUCCCUCCCUCCCCUUCCUCAGGGCCUUGGCCCUGCCUGUGUCCCCUGUGUCGAGGGGCGCCAGCGUGCUGCCCCUCACUCCUCCCUCUUUCCUUUGACAAAGGCUCCGUUGCAGACGCUUCACAUGGACGUGUGGGGCCCUGCCCGCGUCCGUGGACUCGGUCACGAGCGCUACUUCCUGCUGGUGGUUGACGACUACUCGCGUUACACCACAAUCUUCCCCUUGCGCAGCAAGGGUGAUGUCACUGAGGUGCUGAUCGAAUGGAUCCGCGCAGCUCGUCUCCAGCUCAGGCAGAGCUUUGGCUCGGACUUUCCUGUGUUGCGUCUGCACUCGGACAGAGGCGGAGAGUUCUCCUCUGGCCUUCUGCGUGCCUACUGUCGUGCGCGAGGCAUCCAUGAGACCUUCACGCUUCCAGACUCACCACAGCAAAAUGGGAUUGCAGAGCGCCGCAUUGGCAUGGUCAUGGACGUCGCUCGUACGUCUAUGAUGCAUGCGGAUGCCCCCCAUUUUCUGUGGCCGUUUGCGGUCAGGUACGCGGCGCAUCAGAUCAACCUCCACCCCAGGGUCUCCAGGCCGGAGACCUCCCCAGCCCUGCUGUGGACGGGGAAGGUUGGCGAUGCGUCGGCGUUUCGGGUCUGGGGAUCUCGGGCGUUUGUCCGCGACUUGUCUUCGGACAAGCUGUCCCCUCGCGCUGCUCCCUGCGUCUUCCUGGGGUUCCCCCCCGACGCCCCUGGGUGGCAGUUCUACCACCCCACCUCUCGCCGUGUUCUGACCUCCCAGGACGUCACGUUCGACGAGUCCGUACCCUACUACCGCCUCUUCCCCUACCGCACUCCGUCCCUCCCCCCACCCCCGCUCUUCUUCGUACCAGGUCCCCCCCCGGUAGACCCCCUCCCCCCUCAGGGUCCUGCCCCUUCAGGUGUGUCCCAGGUAGACGCGGUCGAGCCUGUCGAGGUCACUCGUGACUCUGGUGCUGCUGUGGCUGCUGAGCCUAGGGGUGCUGUGACUUGGGGUGCUGUGCCUGGGGGUGCUGAGCCUGGGGGUGCGGAGCUUAGGGGUGCGGAGUCUGGGGGUGCUGAGCCUGGGGGUGCUGAGCCUGGGGGUGCUGAGCCUGGGGGUGCUGAGCCUGGGGGUGCUGAGACUGGAGGUGCUACGCCUGGAGGUGCUUUGCCUGAGGGUUCUUCGCCUGGAGGUUCUCCGGGUGCUUCGUCUCGCCGAGAGCCACUCUCCCCACAGGAGCUGCGUGAGUGGUUUGCCCGGCGCUGGAGGCGUGCUGCUGGUGCUGGAGGUUCUUCGCCUGCUGAGGGUGCUGCUGCCGCGCGUCCCGGAGGUGCUCGUACUGGGAGUACUGGAGCUACUGAGCCUGCGGGCUCUACUGGAGCUGGUGCUGCUGAGCGUGUUGGCGCUGAGACUACCGCUGGCGGUCCGACUGGCAGUGCUCCUGGUGCUGCUGGAGGUUCUGGGGCUACUGGAGGUGCUGCUGGGGGUUCUGGAGCUACUGGAGGUGCUGCUGGAGGUGCUGCUGGAGGUGCUGCUGGAGCGGGUACUCCUGCUGGGGGUACUGGUGCUGUCCCUGCUGUUUCUGGCGUCGCCACGCGGCCCCGACCGUACUUCGUUCCGCUCCUGCAUCAAGUUAUUGGUCUUACGCCUUCUCCUGGUCCUCCUCCUCCUCCCUUAGAGGGUCAACAGCCUAUCCAGUCACAGUCACAGCUACAGCCUGCCUCCCCUUUGCCUGCUCCUUCUCCCUACGCUGGUCUGACUGGAGGUCUUACUGAGCUUCGUGAGCCUGCGUCUCGUCCUGCGUCGCCUGUUCGUACUGCGCGCACUAGUGGUCGCGGUUCGCGUCAGCGUCCUCCUUUUUUCCCUGGCACGCACCGGAUGUCUCUGCGUCCGUCUACUGCUCCUCUGCGUGCCCCUUUGCCUUCUCCUCCUGCUUCCUCUCUUCCUGCUCUUGCCGACCCGGAGUCGGACUCUCUUCGUGCUGCCAGUCCUACUGUCACGCGUCUCCUUGCUACUGCCGUCACUGACCCUUCUUUCGAGUCUUCUGCUGCGUCUGCCCUUGUCACUGAGCUCCUCGACUUUGCUGCGCGCUGUCGUCUAGACUACGCUGCUAGUCUUGUCGCUGAGUCUGAGUCUACCUGUCCUCCGUCCGUCGGGGGUGAGUGUGCCCUUGGCACGGACGUCCUUGAGGACAGGCAGGAGGAUUUCCAGUGUCUGGCCGCCGCUUCACCUCAUCUCGCGUCCGUACUGCUCACCCCUGAGGGAGACCCGGAUGCACUAGACAUCCCGACUCCGCGCUCUUACGCGGAGGCGAUAGAGGGCACCUACGUUGACGCGGUUCCCCCUCCUGGGGCGAACAUCGUCAGUGGCAUGUGGAUCAUCAGGGUGAAACGGCCGCCGGGUUCUCCGCCUGUCUUCAAGGCGCGUUACGUGGCUCGUGGCUUCAGUCAGCGGCAGGGACUUGACUACUUUCAGACCUUCUCCCCCACCCCGAAGAUGACCACUCUUCGCGUACUGCUGCACGUUGCUGCUCACCGUGACUACGAGCUGCACUCUCUCGACUUCAACACUGCUUUCUUGCAGGGCAGCCUGCACGAGGAGAUCUGGCUGCGUCGCCCACCUGGCUUCACUGGGUCUUUCCCUCCUAGUACCCAGUGGAGUCUCCAGCGUCCAGUCUACGGUCUCCGCCAGGCGCCGCGUGAGUGGCACGACACACUGAGAACUACGCUGGCGGCACUUGGGUUUGCUCCUUCCACUGCAGACCCGUCGCUGUUUCUGCGCACCGACACCUCUCUGCCGCCGUUCUACAUCCUCGUGUACGUCCACGACUUGGUCUUUGCCACAGCUGACACUACUGGACUCGCCUACGUGAAGUCCGAGCUGCAAAAGAGACACACGUGCACUGACCUAGGUGAACUGCGCAGCUAUCUUGGCUUGCAGAUCACCCGGGACAGAGCACGCCGCACCAUUACCCUGACUCAGUCACACUUUGUGCAGCAGGUCCUUCAGCGCUUCGGCUUCACGUACUCCUCGCCUCAGGCCACUCCUCUGCCUACUCGCCACUCGCUCUCAGCUCUGCCUUCGGAUGAGUCCGUAGGGUCGAGUGGCCCGUAUGCAGAGCUUGUUGGCUGCCUCAUGUACCUGAUGACCUGCACACGACCUGACCUUGCAUACCCUCUUAGCAUUCUCGCACGCUAUGUUGCUCUUGGGAGACACCGACCACAGCACAUGGCUGCAGCGAAGAGGGUAUUGCGCUACUUGUGCAGUACGUCGGGCAUGGGGCUAGUGCUUGGAGGGCGCAGUCCAGUGGUCCUCACUGGGCACGCGGACGCUUCUUGGGCUGACGACCAGGCUACGCAGCGGUCGUCACAGGGUUACACCUUCAGCCUUGGUUCCGGCUCUGUUUCGUGGCGGGCUACCCGCUCGUCUUCUGUUCUCGGCUCCAGUUGUGAGGCUGAGAUCUACGCCGGGGCUAUGGCGGCCCAGGAGCUUCGCUGGCUCACCUACCUGCUGACCGACCUUGGAGAGCCGCCUCGUUCUCCUCCAGUCCUGUACGUAGACAACAAGGCCAUGCUGGCCUUGUGUCGAGAGCAGCGACUGGAGCACAGGACAAAGCACAUUGCUCUCCGCUACUUUCUUGCUCGUGAGCUACAGCAGCGUUGA